GACGAGGUCAUCAUCAAGAAUCAGUCUCAGAAAAUCAUCAGUCGAGGAUUCAAUCACAAAUCAAAUAUCAACCCCUUCCCAAGGAACCAAGAGUCUGAGACGACAAACACAUAAUAUUUGUCUUAAUUGUUUUUAAAUAACCCCUUCUUGUUUCAAUACGUGGGAGGGACCGAGACGUUCAUUGGCGAAUCGAACCUCAAAAAGUCUGAAGAAACCUUACAUUCCCUCUCCAAGUGCCGAAAAUGUGCUUUUACAACCAGAAAAAGUUCGCUUGUGGAGACUGGAACUGGACAAGCUUUGCCCACCAGUGCAAUUAUGAGUACCGAACCGGCGAGACAUGUGGCAUGAGACUGGUGAACUUCACCGAAUAUGAAUCAAAGCAGUGUCGGCUUUGUGAGAAGAUCGAAACCAAGUUUCGUCGCCGCAGCCAAGAGCUGGAACGAUUGGACCGUUGGAGACGUGAGGGAGGUAGCCUGGUAGCUACAAUGAGCCGCUCACAACAACUGGUCAGUGACCUUGAGAAGGAGAUCUACCAACUUCAGACAGAGCGGGACUGUAAGAGAAAGGCUCUGUCAUGAACAAUAGAGCGGUUGGCACUGGAUGGUUCAUUCCCAGGGGUAAUUGACCUUGUGGACACACUGGCGUAUGCGAGUGAUGAUUGGGCGCUUUUCUGAAUUAAUACCUGUGUUUGGUUUCGUAUCUAUGCUAUCGGAGUCUUUUGCCAUUGUACUUUUGCUCCGCCGUCGCCGAAACGUUGGAUCAUUAACCACAGCUGGCGAGGUCACCAGCGAGACCCGGGUUAAAGCUUCGGUGACGGGGGAUGGAUUUUCCUGUAUCUGAAGAUUUUUUUCUUGUAACAUCAUAAUCACACAGUCAGUCCUUUCCAAUGAAUACUUUUUUGUGAC